AUGAAAGGAAAAUAAAUCCUUUUGGGCCUGGCCUUCCUCCUCAUGCUGGCUGUCAGCAUGACAGCCUGCUUCCUGAGGCAGUAUCAUUUGCCCAGGCUAAUACCAGCUGAGCAAGAGGCCGCUGUCUUAAAAGCCGAGGAAAUAUGUCCCUGUUUUCCUGAACCCACUUUGCUAGAGCACCCCCUCCCCAGGCUGAAGGAGGCACUACAGAAAGUGGAUGCGGUUAUGCAUCAGAGCAUCAACCCCACAAGUCUCCCCACGCUGUCAACUAUCAUCCUUUACAACAACACCGUACUGCGGACGGGAAACUUUGGCAAGAGGAACGGCUCCAACCCCAGCUCCGCACCUCCUGACGAGUAUUCAGUUUACAGGAUUGCCAGCAUAUCCAAGAUCUUCCCCACACUGAUGCUCUACCAGCUGUGGGAGAAUGGGAACAUGGCUUCCUUAGAUGAUUCAUUGGAGAAGUACGUGGAGAACUUCAGCAUCAAAAACCCACUGGGUGGGGGCAAAGGUAGGGUUCAGAUCAGCUCCUCCGGAGUCACCCUACGCCGGAUGACCAGCCAGCUCUCCGGUUUGCCUAGAAGACUUCCGGCAAGUAAUCUUCUGUGGAAAGGCAAGACUCAGGCUGCCAUCAACCUUCUGCAGGAUGAUGUGCUGGUCGCUGACCCAGGAACCAAGUGUCACUACAGCAACCUGGCCUUCUCGCUGCUGGCUCAUGUCCUGGCUGAGAAGGUGGUUGGGGUGAGCUACCAGCGCUGGAUCACGGACAGCAUCCUUAACCAUCCGGGCUUGGAGCACACGGCCUUCGACAACAACCCAGCCAUGUGCAAUCAGAUGGCAGUGGGCAUGUACGCCAGCAGCAGGCCGGCACCACUGCACGCGGGCUGGUACCGCCCCUUGGGGCAGAUGGUUUCCACGGCGGUCGACCUGGCCAAGCUGGCUAUGGCUCUGUUGGGAGCUUACCGCCGCAAGGUGCUAGGUACGGACACCCUGAAGGUGAUGCUGACCCCGGUGCUCCGCUGCGAGGAUUACUUCGCUAACCGCACCGGAAUGCCGUGGGAGGUGAAGGAGCAGUUCGGCUACGAGCUGGUCUGGAAAGACGGGGACCUGGACGGCUAUUUCACCACCCUUUCCCUCCUUGUGUGGCUCAAGCUGGGCUUGGUUCUUCUGAUGGCGAGUGCCAGGCCCCAGAACCAGGACGUGGAAGGCAAGGCCUAUUCCUACCUCAUUCCAGCCAUGGAGAGAGCCUUCAGAGAGGCCAAGCGGACCCUCAACCCUCCGCUCAACCUCGCCCCAUAUGUAGGGUUCUUCACAUACGCCAACAUCGCCUUCUAUGAUAUCAGUACAGGACCAGGGGAAGUUCUGGUCAUGCAGAAGUUUGUAUCUCAGAUCAAAGACCCGAUGCCGGAGCGGUACCGCACAAUAAAGCUGAAUUGUCUGGUGGAGCGGGUGUUUAGAGUGGUGUCCGAGAACGAGUACCCCUGCGUCUUACACAUGGGUCGCUGCAGGCCCAGGAUGGAUAGCUCUUCAAUUUCCAUGUUUGACAGCAGGGGGAUAUCACAUGGGUUUGACGCGCCAGGACUGAACACUUACAGCGUCAUCCAAAUCACUCACAGGCCCACACUUGCAGUGUGA